GGUGCCCAGACCCCGCUACCGCCAUAGCGGUUUGCUUGAAAUCAACUUUCAACUCAGAUAAGUCAUCGAUGUUUCUAAACGGUUCCUUAUGCCUUGAUCGCUAAAAAGCUGUAAUAAUCCGGCAUGUCAGGACUAAAGAAGCUCUUCGGUAAAAAGGAAAGCAAAGGAAAACAUGCCGCGUCCACGGAAGACCUCAACUCAACGCUCGGCAGUGAAAUGGCGGCCGGUGCAGCUGGGUACGUCGUGGCCAAAGAAAAAGAUCUUCCGAAACUACACAAAGCUGUGUGGACAAGGGACAUGGCAAAGCUUAAACAGCUCAUAAAGAAAGGGGAUAUAAACCAGCUUGAUAAAGAGAACAGAACUGCACUUCACCUUGCCUCUGCAAUGGGGAAUGAAGAGAUGUGCCGAUUGCUGCUGACUAAUAAUGCGAAGACUAAUUUAUGUGACAGCCAAGGGAGGACACCAUUGAUGAAGGCAGUAGAGGCCCAAUCCCAGCAAUGCACAGAUGUUCUUCUUGAGCACAGAGCAGAUGCAUCUGUUGUUGAUGUCAUGAACAGCACCCCACUACACCUUGCAUCAGCAAAUGGGGACAUUGACAUCGCCAUGGUGCUGAUUGAAAAGGGAGCCAAGGUCAAUGCUCAAGAUAAGGAGGGUUUUACCCCUCUGCAUGUGGCAUCUUCUUUGGGUAAUCAAGACUUUGUUGGAUUUCUCAUUAAUGAAGGUGCAAACAUUGAUGCUGUUGACGCAUUUAACAGGACACCACUGAUGUCUGCUUCAAGUGAAGGACAUAUCGGCAUUGUAAAGUAUCUUCUACAAAACAAGGCAAACACUGAGGUGAAAGAUAGUCAGGGAUGGAAGGCAGCCGACCAUGCGAUCAUCCAUGGACAUCACAGCUGCUCCAACAUUAUUGAUGAGCAUGAAGAGAAGCUUGAAGCUCAGAAGAAGAAUGCUGCUGGAGGAAAGGCUGCAAAAAAGACCAAUUUCUCAGGUCUGCUCAGCUCUGGAACUGAUGAUCUGGAGUUCACCUUUGGUGGACCAGCAACAGAUGCCGGUAUGGAGAGCGCUCAGUCCGGUAAAGAGGACGAUUCAGCCAGCCACCAUUCUGUUGGUGGCACAUCCUGGGAUUCGUCAGUUGCAGAUGAGGAGGAUCUCUUUGAAGUAAAAAAGAAACCUGACAAGCCGAGUCUGUUAGCCGCACUGAAACCCGUGGCUCGCCAAGAAUCAAACGCGUCCCUGAAGAGCAACAAAUCUGCAAGUCGUAUCCCUGUGCGUUCAGACAGCGUCAAGUCCUCUGUUUCUGUCGAUUCUAAGUCGAAAGAGCCUCCAGCGUCGCGUAUACCGGUGUUGUCAUCCAAACCCCAAGCUAGUCCAACCACUGACAGACGUGCUGCUAGCAGUUCAUCUAAUCAUUCUACUCCAGUAAACUCAGCACCCCCGACCCCCACCAAGAAUGCCACGCCCAGUAAAGGUACCCCUGGUCAAUCGACGUCUGGCACGCCGGUGAACGGGACCCCCAGCAAAGGCACACCCCUGAAUUCCACUCCGGGAACCCCGAGUCAGCUUUCCACUGGCCGAGGUGUACAAGGGCCUGGGGACAAGCCUCAUUCGCUUCCUUGGGAAUCAAUUAAUGUGACGGAUGACGAAUCGGAUUUUGACUCUUCGAAUUCUUCGGCUGUAUUAGCUGCUCUUACUGGAAAAGAUACGCCAAAAGUUAAAGGUUCUGAUGCUGAGCCUAAGAUGUCGACUCUCCCAGUUUCUCAACCCGAAGAAAAGGAGAGUGACCUCAGCGUUAGCCUGGUACCGAGUGAUGACGAAAUCAGCUCUUCCGCUGGACCUCCGCUCGACGAUGAAGAACCGCUGGCCAACGAUGCCCACACCUCGGUACCUGAAAAGAAACCGCUAACUUCAACUUUAAAAAUCCCUCCAGUAGGGAAAGAGAAAGACAAAGCAGAUAUGUCGAUCCCUGGUCUUGAUCUUGGAAGUUCUGUCAGUUCAGUGUCCGACCCGGACAUAAGUGGUGCAUCGGAUGCGAAGAAGAAAAAGAAACAAAUCAAUGGCAAAGCAGGGGCGGAUAGUGAUCUGUCAGACGAGGAUUCCGAUUGGGACACUUCAGAUGACGACAUUCUACCAUCUGAUGGCCCAGAUACAACAGGGAGAAGUAGUUUAUUUGGGGUUACCCCAAUAGUACCAACUCCCACCGCAGAAACCGCUUCUAAAGAACCACCGAAACCUGCUCCACGAACUAAGGUUACAGAACCCGCUCAUGACAGUGACUCAGAGGCCACAGAGACUGAGAGUGAGUGGGAGAAAGAGAAAGUCGCGAAGAAAAAGGGUCAGAAUAAAAUUGAUGACCCUGUAGAGACAAAUGGUAAGGAAUCUAAGGACAUUGAGAGGUUUCUUGAGUGGGAUCAAGAACAAAAGGUCAAAGAGGAAGCGUUAGCGAUGGAGGUGCAGAAAGAACUGGAAGCUGAAAUGGAAAUGGAACGGCUACAAAAGGAGAACGAAGAAGAGCGCUUAAGGAAGGAAGAAGAAGAGAGGAAAAUGGAAGAAGAAAGAAGACGGGAUGAGCAGGCAAGACGCGAUAAAGAGCUCGAGGACCAGCAGCGUAAAGAUGAAGAACGGCGACUUAUAAUGGAACAGCAGGAAAGAGAACGUCGUCAGGAGAUGGAGUAUUUACAACGAGAAAAGGAGGAGCGACUUAGGGUCGAGGAAGCUUUGAAAAAGCUUGAGCGGGAAAAAGAAGAAGAGCGGCAACGUUUGGAGCGUGAGAAGGAGCUUGAAAUUGAGCGUCAAUUGAAAAUCAAGGAGAAAGAAGUAAUAAGACUGCAGAGAGAGCGAGACGAAGAGAGGCGCAGACGUGAGGAUGAGGAGAAACGAAUUCAAAUGGAAAAGGUCGAAGAGCUUAAACGAAUUGAGCGUGAAAAGGAAGAAGAACUAGAAAGACAGAUGCGGGAGAAAGAGGAAGAGAUGGAACGUCAAAAGCAAGUAUUCCAGGACACCCUCGAGCAGGAAAGGCGACUGAGAAACGACAGAGAAGCUGAAGAAGCACGUCGGAGGCUAGAAGAGGCGUCUAGGAGCGAAGAGUACGAACGGCAACGACAGCUAGAGCUACAAGAGAAGGAAAGGAGGAACAAGGAAGAGGAAGACAACCUCCUUGAUGCAUAUCGCAGGAAGCAGGAGCAGUUGCUCGAGAAAGAGCGCAUAUUUGAAGAAGAGAUGGCUCGUCGUGAACGUGAGCUUGAGGAGAGGCAGAAGAGGGAGGAAGGGGAGAGGAGGGUGGCAGAAAUGGAGCAGGUCAAGGUUGCACAGGAGCAGCACCUGUAUGCGCAGGAGACUGAUGAGCUGGAACAGCUGAAGAAGACAUAUGAAGAGCGUAUCGAGCGGGAAAAAGGCGCCCUGGAAGCAUCCAUCGCUCGUCGGAAGGAGGAAGAAAGACGUGCGGAGGAAGCGGCCAGGAGGCUUCAGGAGAGUCAGGAGCAGCUACAACUAAGGCAGGAGGCGCUAAGGAUCCGCAAGCGGCAGGGGGAGGCGUACGAGAAGGAGGAGGACGAGUUACGGCGAAUGGAGGAAUCGCUGAGGCGGGAGAGGGCCGACCAGGACAUGCGCGCGCAUGAGGUUCAGGCGCAACGGGAGAUCGAUGAGCAGUAUGCACUGCAGGCGCGUAUAGAAAUGGAAAAGCGUCAGCUGCAAGACCUUGAGGCUCGAAAAGAACUCCUUGACAAAGAUAUCGGCGCGAAACUGACAGAACUCGGUAACCGUCAGAGACGAGACGAACUUGAACAGAAAUCCCGUCAACUAAUGUACGAGCGAGAGCAACUUAACGCUUCGUUUGAAGCGGCCAAACAGCGCACUGCAGUCUUGGAACAAACCCCUCCCCCUACGAGUGAUAGAAUCCCUGGCUACGAAGACAGCGAAGGAAGCGACACGGAGAACGUCAGGAACAAGCAAUUACCAAACGGAAAACUGCCUUCCAAGACGUCUCAGGUGCUAACGAAUGGCUACGUGGACGACGUGGACUGGUCCGAGUCCUCAGACGAGGCUCGCCAGGGCUCCUACAGUCCCGCGAUGGCCAUGAUGUUGGCCAGCGGUGUUGCUGGUUCUCAAGUUCCCGGUACGUCCGACCCCUUGGGGGAGACACCGGUGUUGAAGUCUGUCACCUCUACGAGUAUGGCCGCUCCUCCUUCGGCACCCACGCAAAACGGGAUUGUUAGUCCGCAAGAUGUGCACGGGGUAGCAAGACUACAAGACACGGUGCGCGACUAUCGACGGCAGAUAGACAAGCUAAGGGAGAGGAACAUCGCGUUGGAGUCGAGUCGAAAACAGCUAGAACGGGACAUGGCGGAGUUGCAGGGGAAGCUACAGUCUGUAACCAAGGAAAAGUCUGAUAUCGAGCAUGCUCGACUGCAGACCGAAAUUGAUACUCGGAGCAUGCGAUACAAGUACGAACAAGAGGCCGAGGCUCGACGAGUCUCCGAAACAUUAUUGAACCAGUUGAAAGAGCAGAUCAAGCGCUCGGAUGCCAAGCUCGCAAAGGAGAUGGAGAGUCGCCAAGCCAUGGAGACCGAGAUUCGCCAUCUCGAGAAGGAUAAAAAAGAUCUCCAGCAGGCAGUCAACCAGCAACAAGUAGACCUGUCUGAUAUACAGAGAGCGCUGACCGAGGAACAAGACCUCAGGGCACGCAUGACCGAGAUGUACAAUGAUCAGAAGAAACAGACAAGUGUGCUGAUGGAGGAGGCGAAGAACAGCUCUCAGCAGCAAGCAGUAGUCAUGGCGGAGUUAGAGGCUGUUGAUCAGACUAGAAAGUCUCACGAGGCGAACACGGGAUCAUUACGUGAUCAGCUCAUGCAGGCGCAGACAGAGCUUGCCGAGACCAAGGCACGUCUGGAUGCCAACAAGUCCGCUACCGAGAAAGAGCUUUCUGCACUCAAGGAUAAGCUGCAGAGGAAGUCAGAGAAGUUGCUCAAAGCCGAAGAGACCAUCGAGCAGCUACGAGGUGAACUUGAUUUGUUCAAAACCAGUGGUAACGAAAAGCACGCUCAACUCUCCAGUAAACUAGAGAAUGAAAACCUCGCGAAAAACCGAAUGGAGUCGGAGAUCUCUUCUCUCAAAAUCCGUCUUGAAAACGCUAAUAAUGAAUUGGACAAGGCAAAUACAGCGCGGCAAGUUUCUGAAAGGCAAAUGCACGAAUUGAGGGAGGAACUUUACACUACAAAGCUUCAACUAGAGAAGGAGGUGUCAUCACUGAGAGAAGCUAACCAGUCGCUGACGAGCAAACUACAAACUGCGGAAGGAAAGGUCAACAGUCUGGAACAAGAGGUUCAACAGUCCACGCUGACCAUGACAGAGAAAGGGGGUCACUUGAGUCUUGCUCAGCGCGAAGUGGAACACAGGAAGUCACAGCUGGAGAGAGUCGAGGAAAAACUGGCGCUGGAAAAGGAGCAAAAUGCCAAGCUCUCCUCGAGACUCGACACAAAAGAUGAAAAACUACAGACUCUUAUCAGCGAGUGUGAUUCUCUCAAGCGCCAGUUGGAAGGAGUCAAUGAAAAGAACCGCAAAGCUGAGGAAAAGUACAAUGCGAGUGUGAACUCAAUGCGAAAUGACCUGGAUAAGGAGAGACAGGUUCUUGCUGAUAAAAAUGAAAACCUGACGGAGACCAUCCAUCGCUUGAAGGACGAGUCGGCCAAACUGAACGAGAAGAUCAUAAGACACGAAGAGGAGCUCAAACAGAUUAACCAGGAAAUGAAUACUACGUCUAAGAAGCUUGCGCAUACAGAAUCAGCACUAGAAAUGCAAAUCAAGGCUCGUGAAGAACUAGAAAGUGAUAGAAGCCGACUUCGAGAACAACUUCUUCUCCUAGAAACUAAGCUCAUUGCUGCGGAAGACGUUAAGGGAGAGAUCGCUGGGCGAGCAUCUCGACUUGAAACACACCUCGAGAAGAGCAUGCGCGUGUCAGAAGAUACCGCACAGAGGCUGGCAGCAAGGACUGCGGAUGCAGAUUCUGUCUCUAGAUCACUGGAUGACGUUUUGUCGGACAAUAUACCGAGUCAACUGGAAGCGUUAGUCAACCGACAGAAAGUAGAGAAGGCUCAGAUCGCGGCCGCUCUUCAGGAGGAACAAGUGAAAAAUGAGCUACUUAUGAAGGAAAUCAGAGAGGCCACUGAGGCACGCCAAAGCUUAGAAAGCAUGUUGACGAACGUAAAGGCGUCGAAUAUACAGCUAGAAGAAAAAUUACAGAACGAAUCUAUGAAUCGAACACUACAUGGAAGAGAGGCGGAUGAGGCUAAAGAAUUAUGGGAAGCCGAAAUGAAAGCAAGAACAAAACUAGGGACAAAGAUCGUUACAAUAGAGAAGAAACUAGCUGAGGCCCAAGCGCAAAUUGACGAGGAAAAACGGAAAGUUCGAAAGGUUAUGGAGAUAAAGAAAGCCGUGGAGGCUAAACUUGAAGCUGCAGAAGACAGGUCUUCGAGGCAAAACAAAGAGUCAGUGGCGUUAAGGACACAGCUCAAGUCUUACAAGCGCAGAUUAAAGGAGUACGAGACAUCCGAAAGUCGGAUUCCUAAGCUGCGAACAGAGUUCGACCGAGAGCGCGAACUUCUGGAGCAACAGAUCAACAAUUACAGAAGACAGAUUGAAGAAUUGUCUGAUAGACUUCGUCAGGAGAUGGAGACUCGCAAUCGUAUAGAAUUAGCCAACAAACAGCAGCAACAAGAAUUAUCCUCGGCCAAAGCAAGUGAAAAAGACAUUGCGUAUGAGAGGGAACGACUGUUCAAAGCUAAUCGGCAGCUGGAAGAAGAAAUAGAAAGUUUAAAGAACUACUAUGAUCAAAAUUAUGUGGAAAAGGGUCAACUGGAUGCUUACAAGAAAGAGCUCGAUGCCAAGUCGAGAUUUGAGAUAAACCGCAAACUGGAAGAGGUCAACCAACAUCUAGCAGACCAGGCAGCAUCAAGGGAAAAGUUAGAACUAAUGCGAGAGCAGAACGCUGCGAAGACUCGUGCAGAGUUAGAGCAAACGAUAUCAUCCUUGAAGGAUAAGCUGGCAAAAGCAAGCUCCGGUAUGCACGAGUUCGAGACCCAAAAAGAGAGUAUAGACAUGGAGGCAAGGAGAUAUAAGGAUUUAUAUGAAAACGAAUUAAAAGCAAAAGACAAAUUGACAAACAGGCUUGCGAGAGCCAACGAGAAAGUGGCUGAAUCUAAGGCGCUUUUGAACAUUGAGAGGUCACGACGCUUGCAGUCGGCUGACCGUGACACCGGGUUCACUCAAAGCCCAAAGUUCUCUAUGGAUCCGCUUAGCAGUAUAAUUGGUGGCUCACCUCGCAGCCCUGACCGGAUGUACUCGCAGGGAGACGAAAACUUGAUGCGAGCCGUCGAGAACGAGCUCAACAAGAGCAUCAAGAGACACCUAGAGACCAGCCCUGUCACGACAGACCUCGAUAUACGGUCGUCGCCCCUAGCAAUCAGUGGCGGUGAAAGUCGGUACUCACCGCUUGCUAACUCGUCGAGACAGUACAUGUCGGUGCUUAAGAAGAACUAUUUUGUAUAACAAUGUUAAACAAACAAUUCACUCUUAACAUCAAACUAGAAAUUCUCCUGUGUUAUUCCAUUCAUUCCAUGUAUCAAAAGAGACAUUUCCAUUUCCAUUCAUUUCCGGCUUUUUGCCAGAAAUUCUCUUUAUUCACUCCCUGUAUCAAACUAGUGAUUUACUAGCAGUCACACUAAAAAAAAAAUCCAGUUCCAUUUGCUUCCUGCGUCCAACAAGGUGCUCCCUAUUCAUGUUAUACGGAACGUCGGGGAUCGAUAUUUUUUGCUCUUUCUUGCUCUUUAUUCCGCUAAUUAAAUUUGAGAUCAAUUCGGACAUAUCUUGUUUAUAAUUAGGACUAGCAGAAAAGCAUGCGAGAGUGCAUGAGUUAAAGUAAGCUCAGUGUUACAUGGAAGAUAUUUGUAGAAUUAAAAACAAAUGCAUCCAACAAAUUGGUAUUGGUUAAGGUUGGCGUGGAAUAUCAGAACAGUGAAGUUUUAUUCUGGCUGCAGAAACAAAGUUUUCUUUAGACAAGACUAUUAUGUAACACGCCUAUUAUACGUUUUUUUAUAUUCGACAUUGGCAUGGAAAUGUGCAAAAUCGCGAUUAGUGUAUUCAUGCGUGGAAAUGACUAAAGGAACUGUGUCGUUAUUCAUUUCAUUCGUUGUUUCAAUUGAUGAGAUAUUUAUAUAUUCUGUAUAUUCUGAAUUUUAAGCAUUAUAUCCCAACUGUAAUUCAAAGCGAUCGCUUUUAAAGAUCUUUUAUUUCUAUGCAUCAAAUACAUUAUUUUUGUACAAAAUGUUUAUUAGAGAAGUAUUAAAGAAAAUUGCUAGUAAA